ACUUGAGGGAUGAAAACUGUAAUUUUACAGAUAAGAUAUAGAUAACUAAACCAUGUCCAAAUUGCAACUUCACUCACAACAAAAAACUCAAGAAACAAUGCAAUUCCAUCCCUUCACAUUAAUAAUCCAAGCUCUCCUAUCUUUAUUCUUGAUCUCUUACAUCACAAAAUGGCUGUACAAAAAAACUUAUGGCAACAAAAAGAAUUUGCCUCCAUCACCACCAAAGCUGCCGAUACUCGGAAAUCUCCACCAACUCGGCUUAUUACCUCACCGCAAUCUCCAAUCCUUAGCGAAAAAAUACGGACCGAUCAUGCUUCUCCACUUCGGCAAUAAACCUACGCUUAUCGUCUCGUCGGCCGAUUCAGCCCGAGAGAUAAUGAAAACGCAUGACGUCAUCUUUUCCGAUCGGCUUGAAUCAAGUGUCGGUAAGCGGCUACUCUACAAUUGUAAAGACGUAUCCAUCGCUCCGUACGGCGAAUACUGGAGGCAGCUGAAGAGUAUAUGUGUUCUUCAACUGCUUAGUAACAAAAGGGUUCAAUCUUUUCAUUACAUCAGGGAGGAAGAAACAGCCCUUUUGAUGAAAAGGAUCAAAAGAGAAUAUCCCACCGGUUCGAUCGAUUUGAGUGAGAUGCUUACUCAGUUUACUAAUGACGUGGUUUGUAGGUCAGCUUUCGGGAAGAAGUAUAGUGCAGUGGAAAAUGGCAAGAAAUUUAUUUUACUGUUGAAGGAAUUGUUGGAGCUUUUGGGGACUAUUAGUAUCGGAGAUUUUGUUCCGAUGCUUUCGUGGAUUAAUCGAGUCAACGGUUUCGAUGCGAGGGUUGACAAGGUUGCGAGAGAAUUUGAUGAAUUCUUCGAGGGAGUGAUACGCGAGCGCAUGGAAAAUCCGAAGAAAUUACAUGGAGAUAAUUUUCUUGAUAUUUUGCUUCACAUUUAUCAGAAUAAUUCCACCGGAGUAACGAUUGACAGGGACAGUAUCAAAGCAAUAAUUCUUGUAAGUACAUUUGGUUUUCGGGUUUAUUGCAUUCAACACCCCUGUUUUUUUUUUCGUCUAAUUGCUAAAAAAAGCUUUCCUCGACAGGAUGUAUUUGCAGCUGGAACCGACACCACGUCGACACUUCUAGAAUGGGAAAUGACGGAACUCUUACGAAACCCUACGAUCAUGAAAAAAUUGCAACACCAAGUACGAGAAGUAGUUAAAGACAAAAACGGCAUAAUAACGGAGAACGACCUGGAAAAGAUGCCUUAUCUCAAAGCUGUAAUAAAAGAAACUCUCCGCCUCCACGCACCGAUCCCAUUGCUACCUCGGGUAGCAAGAAAAUACGUAAAAGUUAUGGGGUACGAUAUUUCAGCCGGAACAUUGGUGAUGACUAAUGUUUGGGCCAUCGGCAGGGACCCUGCCAGCUGGCAUGAGCCGGAAAAGUUUGAUCCCGACAGGUUUUUUGAUUCCAGGGUGGAUUACCAGGGCCUGGAUUUUGAGCUUAUCCCGUUUGGCGCCGGAAGAAGGGGUUGUCCUGGAAUUUCGUUCGCUACGGCUACUAAUGGUUUCUUGUUGGCGAAUCUUGUGCGGGAAUUCGAUUGGGCGUUGCCUGAUGACGUGGAGGAUUUGGAUAUGAGUGAACGCCCUGGUGUUGCUAUUCACAGGGCUGUUCCUCUUGUUGCAGUUGCCAAACAGUACUACUAUGUUUAAUUGAGGAAAUCAUUUAUCUCAAAUUUACUUGCUUA